UGACGGCCUUUACGAUCGACUUUUCAUGUAUGUCUGCAUUUAUCUGCAAUUGUCGGAGGGCAAACAAAAUAGUAAUAAUGUGAAAGACGGGUUGGCCGAUGAGCUGGUUGACCGAUCUCUCGACGAGGACGCGCUACUUCGUGUUGUGUCGGGUGAGGAGGAUGUCGAUGCCGACAUGCAAAAGGAUACAAGGGCCUCGUAUGAAGUACUGAAGAAGCUCAUGGACAAGGAGCAAGUUGGCAGACUUAAGAACGCCAGGGAUGGUGAUGACUACAUAGACGUCAGGGACAAAAUGAAGCGUGUUCCGGACGGAAGGGGGGGGCAUGGUGUGGGUUCGAAGUGA